AUGGUGAAUCAUUCCUGUAUAGCUGACGAUAAGUGCGAACAGGGGACAACUUUACGAAUUGAAUGUGAUGACGAUUUCUCAACAUUGAACAUUCUUGUCGAAUGUCUUCCUUCACACACGUGGAAUGCAGAUAUGAUUUGUGAAAAUCACAUCGAAGGAACACCGGAUGAAGAGACCGGCUUUGAGAAGGCAUAUUACAACUUUGCCGAUCGUGUGAAACUCCCAGAAAAUGCCAUAAAAGUAGAAGAUUUGUAUGAUAUACUGUUCUCACCCGAAUCCAAGGAAACUAUGAAAAAUCAGUUUAAGAAUAACAAGAAGAAGGGGGCGUUCAUCAUCACCAAGACACCUCUCAAAGUGACUAAAAACGACUUCAUGAGGAUGGUGGUUGAACACGAUGUCCAUACCAUCGUCAUGAUGAACAACAUGAGUGAAAUGAAGUUGAAGUCAAUCGGCGAAGACGAAAUAUACUGGCCUGAAAAUGAGGACCACACGUUAAUUCAGAACAUGACGAUUGGCAAGACAGGCGAGGAAUGUGAAGGAGGAUUAAGAAAGAUAACGCUUGACUUGAAUCGGUUUGGAAAGACACGGAAACUUCAGCUUAUACAAUUUGAAGGAUGGCCUGAUGAUUCAGCGUUGCCAUCUUCUCCUAAAGAUAUUAUAAACCUCUUCGAUGCAGUGCAGUAUUGGCAACACCAAUCAGGAAACAACCCUGUUCUCGUGCAUUGCAUGAACGGAGCAGACAGAAGUGGCUUGUACUGUGUUGUAUCAGCAGUCUUGGAGAGGAUGAGGAUUGAACAAGACGUUGCUAUUACCCAGGUCAUUAACGAAAUGAGGAACUACAGGGAGCAGAUUGUUCCUUCUCUGUUGAAUGCUAAACUGUAUUCAACUGAAGAAGAAUGA